AGCGAUCUCAUAAGCCUUUUUAUAAUUAAAAGAUUCAGGGUCGGCAAUAAUAUCAUUAUUUUUUAGAUAAAUAAUUUUAUUUGGGGCCAAGUACACGUCAGAAAAUCAAAUGGGCAACUACAUCUACCACAAGAUGUCUGCACGUCCCUGUUUUGUGUCAUCUUAGUGCCCACUCCUUCCUCUCAUCUGUGUCUUUUCAGCCGUCGUUUGAAUCUCGCCAUCUCACACCACACAAUGCGUAAAAUCUCCCCAACAAUACAAACAAUGGAUUAACAAGCUGAUUCUGUCCACACUCUCAACCAACGCUCUCUGCUCACGGGGAGCUGGUCGAAGAAGAUGACCCCUUUCUCUUCGCUUGAGGAGGCUUUGCUGCUGUGUGGGGGAGUGGGUUACAUCCUGUGGCGUUUCCUGUGUUUGUAAACUAGACGGUCUUGAAAACGUCGGGCGAGUGGAGCAGAAAGUUUUAAUGCUAGAUGAGUGAGGUGGGUGUGGCUUCCCACCAUCCCGACCAUCCUGACUGACGGAUCUCUUGAUGACCUUGUCCCCACCCCUGUCCCUGCGCUCACAUACACCACAGCAAUGUCACAUCUGCCCAGCAGCUCAGUCCGCGACCAUAUGAAAUGGGUUUGUUUUGAGAACGCCAAAGCAGGGCUGCUUGGCUGCGAGGCUGUCCUCUCCAGCAUGGCAUUGAUGCAGGCUAGCUCCAUGGCCGCUCCACCCAAAAAAAUGAUGGCCCCCCUUGGCCAUGGACCACCGCAGAGAGAGGCACCUGACCGCGCUCCCCAGGGCCAUAUGAUCCUCCCAUCUGGCAUGAGCUGUCCACCCCUGGUUAGGACCCACUUCGGAAAUCUUAUCCGGAAGGAAGGUGAUUUCCAAGCUCCCCGCCUGCUGGAUGAGAAGGAGAUGAGGGCCAACGAGGACAUGCAGCAGAAAAAAAAGAAUAGGAAAUCAGUAACGCCCUGCAAAGUGAGCGAACAAGAAGGAAUGGGAGGGAAGGGCACAGGUGGAGAUGAGAAUGGUCCGUCAUCCAAAGUACAGAAAAACUUUAUUUGUGAUCACUGUUACGGAGCAUUUAGGAGUGGAUACCACCUGAAGAGACAUAUCCUCAUUCAUACAGGGGAGAAGCCGUAUGCUUGUGCCGUAUGUGACAUGAGGUUUAUUCAGCGUUACCACCUGGAGAGACACAGCCUCAUUCACACGGGGGUGAAGCCGUACGCUUGUUCCAUGUGUGACAUGAGGUUUUUCCAGCGUUACCACCUGGAGAGACACAGACUUACUCACACGGGUAUGCGUCCAUUUACCGUACCCAGUUCAAGGGUGAAGCUGUACGCUUGCUCCAUAUGUGACAUGAGGUUCUUCCAGCGUUACCAUCUGGCAAGACACAGCCUCACUCAUACUGGGGUGAAGCCGUACGCUUGCUCCAUGUGUGACAUGAGGUUCUUCCAGCGUUACCAUCUGGCAAGACACAGCCUCACUCAUACUGGGGUGAAGCCGUACGCUUGCUCCAUGUGUGACAUGAGGUUCUUCCAGCGUUACCAUCUGGCAAGACACAGCCUCACUCAUACUGGGGUGAAGCCGUACGCUUGCUCCAUGUGUGACAUGAGGUUCUUCCAGCGUUACCAUCUGGCAAGACACAGCCUCACUCAUACUGGGGUGAAGCCAUACGCUUGCUCCAUGUGUGACAUGAGAUUUUUCCAACGCUACCACUUGGCAAGACACAGCCUCACUCACACGGGGGUGAAGCCAUAUGCUUGCUCCAUGUGUGACAUGAGAUUUUUCCAGAGAUACCACCUGGCAAGACACACUCUCACCCAUACGGGGGUGAAGCCGUACGCUUGCUCCAUGUGUGACAUGAGGUUCUUCCAGCGUUACCAUUUGGCAAGACACAGCCUCACUCAUACUGGAGUGAAGCCGUAUGCUUGUACCAUGUGUGACAUGCGGUUUAUACAACGUUACCAACUGGAGAGACACAGUCUUACUCAUACGGGGGUGAAGCCGUACGCUUGCACCAUGUGUGACAAGAGGUUUUUUCAGCGAUACCACCUGGCGAGACACAGCCUCACUCAUAUGGGAGUGAAACCUUUUGCUUGCACCAUGUGUGACAUGAAGUUUUUUCAGCGUUACCACCUGGCGAGACACAGCCUCACUCAUACGGGUGUGAAACCUUAUGCUUGCACCAUGUGUGACAAGAGGUUUUUUCAGCGCUACCACCUGGCGAGACACAGCCUCACUCAUAUGGGUAUGCGUCCGCACACCGUACCCAUGUCACUGAGACAGACUGUAGUUUCAUUUUAUGAGACUCAAAGUGUGAAACCUUUUGCUUGCACCAUGUGUGACAUGAGGUUUGUUCAGCGUUACCACCUGGCGAGACACAGCCUCACUCAUACGGGUGUGAAACCUUAUGCUUGCACCAUGUGUGACAAGAGGUUUUUUCAGCGCUACCACCUGACAAGACACAGCCUCAUUCAUUUGGGUGUGAAACCUUUUGCGUGCCCCAUGUGUGACAUGAGGUUUGUUCAGCGUUACCACCUGGCAAGACACAGCCUCACUCAUACGGGGGUGAAGCCGUAUGCUUGUUCCAUGUGUGACAUGAGGUUUAUUCAGCGUAACCACCUGGAGAGACACAGCCUCACUCAUACGGGAGAGAAGCCCUUUGCUUGUGACAUGUGUGAUAUGAGGUUUAUCCAGCGCUACCACCUUGAGAGACACAAGCGUGUCCAUAGUGGGGAGAAGCCUUACCAGUGUGAACGGUGCCAGCAGAACUUUUCACGGACAGACCGGCUGUUGCGGCAUCGGCGACUGUGCCAGGGUCGCGGCGUCGCCAAAGUAGAGAACCAGCCAUGCUGCGACCCACGCCCAUACCCCCAAGAUGCCCCACCUGCACCCCCAACCUGGAGUCCCCUGCACCCCCCUCCAGGCCGACUUGCGGUCUGACAUUCAACCUUCCCUCCACCCACAAUACCGCCAGAGACGGGACAAGCCACAGGGUUUCUUCUUCUCAGCUCUGUGCGGAGUGACGCCACACUCUAGCGCAGGCUGAUCUUGCAGCUCCAGUCUUGGGAUUACUAAUGACAGUGACAUUUGUGUUUUUGUUUUGUUGACUUUUUACUGUGUUUCCUUUUCUCCCCUUCCCCACAACCCCCAUUUUUUUUUAAAGACAAUACUUUUCUGUGAUGAAACAGUUGUUCUGUUUUGUACUUAAUCUAUUUGAUUUUUUUUCAACAAAACAAAAAAGGUUUUUAUGGUUGUUCAGAUAUAUCUGCAUUUGGUGGUACUCGGGAAGGGCUGUGGGUAUUGUUUAUCCCGACGCGUUUGCAACAAAAUGGGUUGAAGUGGGGAGGAAAAGUAUUUGAGCUUCUUUCAAUUUUUUUUCAUGUGGCUCAUUUUGACUUAAAAAGUUUGUCACUUAUGUUAGAAUUUAUCAAACUGAACUUUCCUACCGGGUAAAGCAAGGAAACCCUUCUGUCAACAUCUCCAUUGAGACCAGAUCUUGCUUACCAUUGUCGCUAAGAUAGUGCUAAGCAUUAAGACAUUUCACCCAAAGCAGUAUUUGGUCUAAAUAGGAUUUUGACAAUAGUAUUUCCCUGAAUUUUACCACAUAGGAGGUACAGUUUUAAGGAUUACUUUUUGUAAAUAAUUGAAAAUGCUUAUUAUUUUACUAUGGGACUUAAGUGUUGAAUUUUUUUUGUUCACAAAAUGGGCCAAAAACCUGAUCAUUGGAAAUAGUUUCAAAUGCGGUCUAUUCCCACUGUUUCAGGAAUAUCCUACAGAAACCUGAGUAACUUUGAGUGUUUAUUUAAAAAAAAAAAAAAAGGAGAAAAAAAAGUAACAUCAAACAUUGCUUCAUAACUGUAACCCUGGACUUCCAAGGAGUGGAUGAAGACGGUAAGCCGGCAGUUGACUGGCUGUGUCAGACGUGAAGGGUUGGGCCACAGGAGCCUGUGGAGCCGGUCUCAUGUUCUGUUGCGGGUCAGGAAAUGGUGCACAGACUGUCCACGGCUGCCGUCCUCCCACACUGACCGAGUCACGCCCUCGUCAGUGCGGCUGUACGUAUCCACAGUGCAGAGAUCUCCAGGACAGAAACGCGUUUCAAACUUGCUCUGUCCAUAGAUGCUGGUCGAACGGCGCAGGUCGGCCCCUUGAAGUCCCAUUAUGUUGUUUGUACAGUUACUCUCAUUGUGAGAUUAGUGGGGGUAAACAAAAUCUUGUGGCCUUAGUGUUUUUUUUUCUUUCAUUUGCCUUUUUUCUCAACCGUUUAUUAUUGUAGAUCAGAUGUUUUGACGAAGACGAAGCCUUUCAUCGUAGUAUUAUUAUUUUUGUUAUCCUAAAGCUGUUAGUUACAGAAUGUCUGGUGGCUUCAGUGGCGCGAAAACAGACUAAUGUGUUCUCCCGUCGAGAGAGGUUGUCUUUUGAUGAUGAAUAUUUUUUGGGUCAUUGUUACUGAUGUCAGUGUAACACGGUAUGUACUCCUUCAGAAGCCCCCUGUGAGUUUGUCCUUGUGAGAAGUCAGUAGUGCUAAAAUGUUUCCCACUGCAGUGCUUUGGCUGGUCGCACACCAUCGUAGAAUCAACACUAGCUUGACUCUACUACACACUAACGAUUGCCUUUUUUAUCCAAAUAUUAUGUGGUUGGUGUGUAAUAAUGGAUGUCUGACAUGUCAUUGGGUUUAGCCAUUGGUAACUGCAGAUACAUAAAUAAUCAUUGUAGUACUAAAUUAUAUUGUAACGAACGAUUUCUUUUUCCUCGGAUGAACUUUGAUCGUACCGUGUGAAGUCUUCGACGGUCCGACAGCGGAGAGCCAGUUGAUCGCGGCCACUUUGCCGCCUGUUGAAAACGUUUCUCAAACUUGAUCCUUUAUGUGACCGGCGUCGCAACUUUUCUGUUAACGCCAGAAAAGUCAGCGCUGGCUGUGAAGAUGAGUCUGCUCACCGGAACAUGCAUGUACAUAUCAAGACAUCACACAGAGAGGAACAAACCAUCGUGGUUGACUUCAGGGGACAAGAGGGUUUUAGUUCAAUGUUCCAGAUAAUAUUCAGUGAAUGCCGAUGGAAUCUCAGAGUGCAUUAUCUGGUCUCUGAUUUCUAAGAUGAACAGAUAUUUGUGUUUGGCACAAACAGGAAGCCGUUUGGAGUAAAGUAAUAUUUUACCAAAAGUAUUAUUGGGAGGAGUUUUUAAAAUUGUUUUAUGGUCAAUUGAUAUCAAGGCAACGUUGUGUAAGUGUGUAAAGAAACAGGAUUUCAGUUUAAAGUUGUUUUCUUGACACCAAGUUAAACCCAGUGGCAGCAAAGGAGCCAAGUUUGAGAAAUGCAUUAAUCUGCUCUGCAAACGCUUCAACAUCUGGUGAAGGGAAACUGCCGCUGUGAGCACGCACGACAACGGCUGAAGGGCAAUACAGUAUACAGUUGACAUCACUUGUUAAUACCUUUUUGACUUAUUGUUUUUAGUAUUAUCAAUAUCAUUGUUAAAAUGCAAUAGAAUCCUUCAGUCACAGAUCUUUUGUUUAUAAGAUUGAGGUUUAAUUUCAGACGGAUCCAAGGAUUUCUUUGUCUGAGAAUUUCUCAUCCCAUUUUGAUGAUUGUUUCAAGGACCUUUUUUAUUCUGAUGAACUUGUAAACACUGGAGUGACGGGAGGGGGGGGAAAAAAGACAAAAAAAAUGUUAUUUUUUUCUUCAGACUGUACUAGAUAUUAGGUUUUAGACUAAGCCUAUUUCUCCUCAACUUGACACCGAAGGUGAACAGAACAAUUUGGAUCAGUACAGUUGAGAGCCCAGUAUGUUUGGUAAUUUUGACAUUAGAGACGGUAGUACCUCAAGAAAUCUUUUUCUUUCUUAUACGAAGUCCCUGGUAUUUGUAGUAAAUUAUAUUGAUAAUGGUAUUAGAUGAACAACAGCAUAACAGUAGCUAUCACAGAUUAGUUGUUUUCUUUUAUUAGUCUUGCAUGCAGAGUUAUGGUCCUCAGUUAAGAUAGGAUCUUGAUAUUGAUUAUUUUGUGUAGGAAAAUGAGUGCAUAAGAAUAACUUCCGUAAAAAAACAUUACAAUGAUUAUUGUAAAAUGGGCUAACUAAUAUGUACCCUUGUGAUCCAAUUAGUUUCAACUAUAUGAAAAUCAGAGGAGAGGCUUCUUACUAUUAUGCUGAAAUAAAAAAUCAUUUGUAAAGGA